AUGGAUUUCUCUAAGAUGUCCCUUCUGGUCUUCCUUGUGCCUCUCUUUCUGGGCUCUUCUCUGGCUCACGAGUUUUCGAUCGUGGGUUAUUCGCCUGAGGACCUUACUUGCAUGGACAAGUUCAUCAUGCUCUUCGAAUCGUGGAUAUCGAAACAUAGCAAGAUUUACCAAACCAUGGAAGAGAAGCUGCAUAGGUUUGAGAUAUUCAGAGACAAUGUGAAGCACAUUGAUGAAAGGAACAAGAACCUUGAUGUUGAUAGCUACUGGCUUGGGGUGAAUGAGUUUGCAGACCUGAGCCAUGAAGAGUUCAAGAGCAAGUACUUGGGGCUAAAACCCGAAUCCACAAGAAGGAGAGAGUCCACCGGAGACUUCAGUUAUAGAGAUUUUGAUGUUGAAGCAUUGCCCAAAUCCGUGGACUGGAGAAAGAAAGGAGCUGUAACUCCUGUCAAGAACCAAGGUUCAUGUGGUAGCUGUUGGGCAUUUUCUACUGUUGCUGCUGUUGAGAGCAUAAACCAGAUUGUCACAGGAAACCUAACUUCCCUGUCUGAACAGCAACUGAUAGAUUGUGACAGAUCAUUCAACAAUGGCUGCAAUGGGGGCUUGAUGGAUUAUGCAUUUCAGUUUAUAAUGUCCAAUGGUGGGCUUAACAAGGAAGAUGAUUACCCAUAUCUUAUGGAGGAAGGCAAUUGUGAGAAAAAGAAGGGAGCUUCAGAGGUGGUGACUAUAAACGGUUAUCAAGACGUGCCUGAAAAUAACGAAGAAGCUCUCCUUAAGGCACUGGCUAAUCAGCCUCUUAGCAUAGCUAUUGACGCCUCUGGCAGAGAUUUCCAGUUGUAUUUAAUGCCUAAAACACAUUGGUUAACCCUAACUGUAUGGAUUGUUGGUUUUUUGCAGGGAGUCUUCAAUGGGCGUUGUGGGACUGAGCUUGAUCAUGGUGUAGCAGCCGUUGGAUAUGGUUCUCAAAAGGGGUUAGAUUACAUCAUUGUGAGGAACUCAUGGGGACCAAAGUGGGGUGAGAAGGGCUACGUAAGGAUGAAGAGGAACACAGGAAAGCCAGAAGGACUCUGUGGCAUCAACAAGAUGGCUUCAUAUCCCACCAAAAAGAAAUGA